CACAUCGUCUGCCAACUUCGCCAACUUUACGAUUUUUUCCUCCUUUAAUCCCAAUUUAUUCCUUCAAUCGAGAUUCUCUCCUCAUGCAUGGCUUCAAGUUCAAACUAAUCUGACCUUGCCAACAAUAGAUCAUACACUUUACAGGAUGCCCAAGAAGGACACGUACGUUUCUCCAAAGAACAAGCCUCCUCCUCUCAGGCCUGAUGAUCAGUACAGGAGAAGUAUAGGACGACAGAAUGUGAAAAUUGGCCGAAGAGAAAUGAAGGCUCAGAAGAAAAGGGCUGAUGCUAAAAAGUCAGCCAUGUCUAUUCAGGAUGUGGUGCUGCUGAUGCUGGGAUUUCUAGCUGUGAUAGUGGGAGUGUAUGUGUUCCUUUAUGCAUAUCUUAGUCCACAAGAUGAGGUAGUGGGUCAGGAGAAGAUGGACUCUGCACAGACACACCAGGAAACAUCGGACGUGUAAUCAAUUGGACAAUGUUGCUUGAAUGAACCGCCUUCACAUUUGAUACAAUACUGUAAAUACCCUUAUUUUUGCAGCCAUAACAGUUGGUGAAAUACUUUUGCGACUUCGUUUCUAAUAAUUUGUGUGGAUCAUUCCAAAACUUGUAAUUUCGCAAAACAGCGUAUUAAUAAUGAUGCAGGUUUUCAUCAAUAUCAAGUGUGAGUGAUGACCAAUGAUUGGCUUAUUGUAGUCAGUUGUCUUUGAUGAUUCGUAUGAAUGAAACAAACUUUAAAUUCUGUUGGGAGGAGUGCUUUGAGAGAUUGCUGGUGGCACCAAUGAAGUUGAUAACAUUCCUGUUUUGGAGUUGACUCUGAGAUGUAUCAGAAAAUGUUUGCAAAUACUUGACAAACUUUUCUCAUACUUUCAGAUUGAUAUUUGAAUCAUUCUCUCCAUAGAAUCACUAAUUAUCAUAUGUACUAUAAUCAUCUCGACACACGCCUUCUUAAUUUGAAUCAUGCAAUAAACUAACUGUUACCGGUAAUUACUAGCAGAAUUUUCUACUUAAACAUUUAGAAGAAGUUUGUUGGGUUUCUGUGAUGUGCCAUUUUAGAUAAAUAUUUGUAGAAUAUGUUAUAUGCUUCUGUUUAUUUUUAAUGUAGGAAUAAAAAUAAGACUGCUAUGCAAAUGUUGAUUGAUGGAGCAUCGAGUGAAUCUGAAAUUUGAAGAAAAAAAGAAUGAAAAAUAUUAUUUGUUUGUAGCAAUAAGUCUACUUAAGGGAGGGGGAUCAGUGGCACUCCUAGUCGCUCAAUGCUAUGGAAACCAGGAUAAGCUCUGGCCGCAUGGGCCGUUCGCGUUUCGGGCACGGGCCCAGCCGACUUUAACUUUUAACUUUAACAAACUAAGGGGUUCUAGUUUUCAAGGUGAUAGUAGAUUUUCUCUGUCAUUCCGUGAUUUCAUCACAUUCUUCAACACAAUGAAUAGUUUGAUACUACCCGUCAGAUAUUGAUGGGAUACGUUUUUUCCAUGUGUAUACUUCAAUAAAUAUUUAAG